AUCAUCUAAAGAGGAUUAAAAAUGUGCAUGCCUCUGCAUUAGGAAGACUCAGCUUACCUAAGUGUUCCAGUCCCCAGAGCCCCCUGUUUCCUCCAUAAUAAAAGAAUAAAGCAGAAGCAGGAGUUCUGCUUUCCAAUGACUUACAUCACCCUGCAGACAAUUGGCAGGCAGGAGAGGGGCAGCUGCCACACUCUUCAGAUAUCUCUCUAUUUAAAGUUCAAAGAGACGCUGGAUAACAAUAAGGAAGAGGUAAGUGUGCCCCGCGGCGCCACUCCACAGCAGGAAGAAUGGCCGGGAAAGCGGAGUCCACGUUACAGCACUUUCUGGUUCCCAUUCUUCUCCUGAUCGGCUGGAUUGUGGGCUGCAUCAUAGUGAUUUAUGUUGUCUUCUCUUAGACAGGCAAGAAGACCUCAGAUUGACAUCUUUUAGAAGACUUCAGAAAGAUGUGAAUGUGACUGAUUAAUAAAUGUGUCUCAUGUUAAAAAAAAAAAAACUGCGGUGUUCAGCAUCA